GAGAGAGGGAUAGUUUGCCCCACAUCUUUGUUGCUAUAACUACCCUCUGCUACGACAGUCAGAGAUGAAGCUGUCUGCCGGCGACAGACCAACCACAGGUCCACUACUGAUGCUCCUCACACAGAAGGGUCUCUCAAAUGUUUUUACAUCGAAGAAGAUGAAGAUAAUCCGUCUGCCGUGGUGAAACAAAAAAAGAAGAACUUAAAACGCAAUUUGAAAAAUAUUUCCCACUUUCUGGAUCUAAAACUUAACAAGAUUUAACUGGUUCUCCUGGAGUGCCCGUGUGUGAGUCUGGUUGGGACCCUGUGUGUGCUGGGGGGCUAUGGUGAGGCCAUGUUCACAGGCUGGUGUGAGGAGAGAUGUUCCAGCAGCAGUGGAGGUAAAAGAGUGGAUCUUCCUUCAUGGCUGUGCAUCUCACUCUUCUUCUCUGCCCUGUGGGGCCAAGCGUACACUCAGUGCCCGGACAGCUGCCACUGUGCCUGGGACACGGCCACGGUGGUGUGUUCGGACGCAGGGCUGCGAGAGAUCCCAGAGGGGAUCCCACCGGACACCGUCUCCCUCUACCUGGAACGUAAUUACAUACGGAGUAUCCCUGAGAGUGCCUUCAGCGACCUGGUCCACUUGCGGGAUCUGUACCUGUCCAACAACCGCAUCGACUCGCUGGCCUCAGGGGCCCUGCGGCAUCUUGGGUCCGAGCUGCGCCUGCUUGAUCUCUCUCACAAUCAGCUGAGACAGGCCAGCAGGGAGGAGUUCGGCUCCACCCGUGCAAAGACUCGCCUGUACCACAACCCCUGGCACUGUGACUGUGCCCUCCAGGAGCUGAUGGAGACUCUGAACCUGGAGCCAGAGACAGUGAAUGGGAUCAUUUGUGAGAGCUCGGUGCGGGGGGUGGGUGAGGGGAGCAGGUGGGAGGACCCAGGGUCUCAGGGGGAGCACGCAGGUCAACCUCUGGUCAAACUGUUGGAUUCUGGGGUGAAUUUCUGCAGCCUGCAGAGGAAGACCACUGACAUAGCCAUGCUGGUUACAAUGUUUGUGUGGUUCUUUAUGGUCAUUGUGUACGUGGUGUACUACGUGAGGCAGAACCAAGCUGAGGCCCGCAGGCAUUUGGAGUACCUGAAGAGUUUACCCAGCCCACGCAAGACCCCCACAGAGACAGACACUCUGAGCACUGGUUUCUGAACACCUGCCCAGAUUCAAUUUAAAAUUAUUUAGAAUCCAACAAGGUUUUAAUGUAGAACGACUACUUAACUUCAGAAAUACCAUGUGGAUUUACUGUAAGCCGUCUGUGGAAGAUCCUGAUAAAAAGAAGACUUUUUACAGCUGUGUUUUAGUGAUUACAACCUUUCUUUACAUGUUUUACUACUGAGGCCCCUCUGUGUCUUUCUUGAUAUUUCUUUACCCAUGUGUUUCUUGAAAUAAUUGAACAUAAAAAGGUGAGAAUUGGUUGAUGGAUUUUGCCAUGUUCACAGAGAGGAGUAAAAACUGAAAAGUGCAGCAGAAGAUAAGGAUGAAAUAAGAAAAAGAAAACUCUUUGAACUCUACAGCCUUGUUAUUCCCUCUGUAGCCCGUCUUUAUUCUUCUUUUCUUCUCCCGUCAGUCCUUCUGCGGUGGUCUGUUUUAUCUUUUAUUAAGCUCUAAUUAGAAGUCUUGGACCAACUGACCCUUAAUGAACACUUAAAAGGCUCCAAUCAGCUGGAGUGUGUUUAUCGGGUUUAAAAGGAGAGCAUGCACAAUCAGUACGUGUCCCCGUCUAAUUGCUAAUUGUUUUGUACAUGUGUGUGCAUUUGCUGUUUUUGUGAAUUGUUAGUCAUUUUUACAUUGAAUACAUCAAUUUGAUGUGGAUUCUUUGCAGUCUUUCCCUAAUUCAUGCUCAUUAAUCCAGCUUUUGUAAGUGCCAAUAAGGAACCACAGAUCUAAAUUUACUCUCAGGAAGCCAAACUAGAGGUGGUCCUUUUUAUUGAGUGUCCAAGCUGUAGCAAUCAUGAACAUAUUCAGACAGCUUAGUGUACAAAAAGCAGCGACUAACUGGUAAAGAGAAAUUCAGCUAGAUUUAGAACUCAAAUCACUGUUCCAAUUUCAAUUAAUACAAAUAUUUAUCCUGACAAAGCUGUUAUUUUAGAUUUAAUUAAUCUAUUGAGUCGUUCUGUCUCCUAUUUUCCACAUCACACACACCACAUUUUGCAUCAUAAUUGUUUUUUUUAAGCCUAUUUGAGAAUAAGCCAAACACUUAGUAGAUACAUUUAAUAAUUUGUUUCCCAUGGUUAGCACUUUAUUGUAAUGCAAUAAAGUGCUAACCAUGUAAUGCAAAGAUUAAUUUCACUUUUGAUGUGAUGUGUGAACUAUAGGUUACUGAAUAUCAAGCCCAGUGUUCCACAUAAUCUGAAACAAGAUUAACAGCCCAUUUUUAGUUUACCUGAAAUCAUGAUUGUCAUAUUUACUAUGGCAGUAGCUGAUAUUGCUAUUUGAAAAAAGCCCAAUAUUAUUCUUCAAUGUAAAAAAAAUAUGAACAGUAAAAACCCUCUUGUAAACAAAUUACUUUUAUCCACAGCCUAACUGAAUGGGGACUAACCAGGGUUUUAAAACCACAACAACAGGGGUCAAAAUGUUACAGAAUAUUAAAGCAGCGC